UACAUCACCCCGGACGUGUGGUGGUACUACAUGAUCGAGUUGUCGUUCUAUUGGGCGUUGAUGGUGUCCCAGUUCACGGAUGUGAAGCGCCGUGAUUUUGCGCAAAUGUUCGUGCACCACUGUGCCACGAUUAUGCUCAUGUCCUUCUCGUGGGCGUGCAAUUUGACGCGGGUCGGCACACUCGUCCUCAUUGUUCACGAUGUCGCCGACAUCUUUCUCGAGAGUGCUAAGAUGGCGAAAUACGCCGGAAAAUUGAACCUGUGCAACAUCCUCUUCGCUGUGUUCACAAUUGUUUGGAUCAUUUCUCGGCUCGGAAUCUUUCCUUUCAAGAUCAUCUACAGUUGUGCCUUGGAAGCCCCAACGUUGUACCCUACGUUCCCAGCCUAUUAUAUUUUCAACAUACUGCUCCUGUGUCUCAUGUGUUUGCAUAUAUUUUGGACAUACUGGAUCGUCCAGGGUGCAUACAAAACCAUUGCCAAGGGACAUAUGGAAAAGGACGUGAGGAGUUCGUCAGAAGAAGAAAUAACGGAGGACGACGAGGUUGACGAGGACGAGAAGAAGAAGAUGAAGAGGAACUGAAGAAUUCUGUCCCCCGCGGAGGCGAAGAAAACCGGUAUUUUUCACUGUACUUGUAUACAUCGUGGGCUUUUUUUUGUUGUUGUUUUUUUCCUCUGACUUACGCACGGAGCUCUGGUGGUUCUUAAAUGAGAUCCCCCGCACCUCUGCACGCCCUAGUACUUCUACAGUACUGCUGCCGAUCGUGCAUUCCUUUUGGAGGGAUUGUUGGAAAUGGGGCGGGGGUGUAAAAAAAAAGAAAAAAGAGUCGGUGCCGGUGGGACUGAGGCAUUUUUGUCCUUGCUUAUCGUUGCCAUGUCGGUGAGGGCGAAUAUUUGUAUUGGUUUUAAGAUGGGUGCGCUGCUUGCUGAGCAAUAAAGAACAAUUCAUCGAGUUGAAA